AUGAUGAUUCAAUCAACUAUAUUGGUCAUUUUCUGCGCUCUCUUGGUUAAUGCUAAAGAGGACCAAGGAUCCAGUAAUCACGAUACUGUUCUGGUAGUCAAGCCAUACUGUCAGACAAUGGAUCAAUCCCAAGUCAACUUCGAGAAGCUUUGUCCUGUUUGGAUCCCACCUCCAAAUGUUACUGAUGGAUUUAUCUAUUCAUCAACUACGUUCAACAAAGGUGAUUGGGAUGGUAAUCUUCAAAGAUAUUCCGCGAAUGUCAGUUGCCUGUACGUGACUUUCGGCUCUAGCAAGAACGUAGGUGGGGAAAUUGCCGAAGCCCUCGGUGGCCUUUCGAUCGAUGAGUAA